CCUGAUUCUCAAGGCAGGCGACAAACUUUCUUUCCUACACCCAUCUCGUUCCAACCAUGCUGGAUUUUUCAGCGCCAUCGCCUUCAGAGUCGACGAGCUCCGGCUCUCACUCAUCUACAGGCUUCGACUCGUCAGAUCCCUUGGACCUCAACUUAAUUUUACAGGACGAUAUGAUCCAGGACAGCCCGACCGAAACCGACUGGUCUCAGCUGACUUCUAUGUUCCAAGAACCGAUGGGAUAUACGGAUUUUGGUGGUAUGGAUUUUGGGACCUCGAAUAUGGUGGUUGAGCCCAGUCUAUUGACCAAGACGAACCAUUACGAAUAUGAUUUUCCCUUCACAUUCCAGUCACCCCCUGCUCUUUUGGCAGGUGACUACGGCUCUGUUCCCAGAAGAAUGAGCGUAUCGUCAUUCAAGGAGUCUUCGCCGGAUCCCGCUGCAGAAUUGGCCCAACGAGUCCGUGAAUCAGCCGGUGUUGUAAUGGCCAUGCCUACAAUGGGUUCAGUGUCAUCUGCGUCGCUGUCUUCGUCCUCUUCGGUAUCAUCAGCCGCAUCGACUCCUCCUCCCAGCACCCCUCCCGCUUCCCAAGCUGCCUCAUUCCAUGCCACCGUCAUCCCUUCCUCUGCUCCGGCACCCAGUACGAUGCUCAUGUCAUCUCGGCCCAAAACGUCCCACACGACCAUUGAGCGCCGAUAUCGCACGAACCUGAAUGCCAGAAUCCAGUCGUUGCGCAUGGCAGUUCCCGCUCUUCGAGUGUUGGAAUGGAACGAUGGGCCCAAGAAGAGCAAAGGGACUAAGGCCAAGAUCAGGAAUGAAGAAGACUCGACAGAUAUCAUUGACGAGCGAGGCUACGUUGAUGGAGUCAAGGUGGCAAGGAAGUGCAGCAAAGCGAACGUCCUUGGGAAAGCUGUCGAGUAUAUUCGAGUGCUAAAGAAGCGGGAGAUGCGGUUGAAGCGCGAGCAGGAUGGACUGAAGGCUCUGGUUUCGGGGUUGGUUGGCGGAUCUGCCCUCUUGCAUACCUGGGAGAAAGAGUGGAGGGAGAAGUUUGGCGGUGAAGAGAAGGAUGAGGUGGAUGCCCUCGAUAUUGAUGUCCCCGAGUCGGAUGAUGAAGACAACGACGAAGAAGAAGAGAGAAGAAGGAAGAAACCCAAGGUUGAGGUUCCGUCUCCACUACCCACCACCUCUAUACCCGCUGGUCCGCCUGUUGUACCAGAGAAGAGGAAGCGUGGUCGACCUCGUAAGGUGAUACCACCUGCGGCACCAGUUGAGAAAAUUGGAGCCAAACUGGAAGCCCAAUCUCAGGCACCACAAUACCUCUUGGCAACAUUCGCGCUGUUCUCCUUCUUCAAUAACCCCUUCAGCUCGGCAGCACCUGCGUCAGAACAUACUCACGAGGGAGUGAUUCUCAAUGCCAGACCUCCUUCUACUGUCAGCACGUACCAAUCACUGAUUCAGGCGUUCCAUCUUCUCGUGUCGGUUCUAGUGUUCAUCUCUAUCCUAUGGCCAUGGGUGGGCAAGAUCAAGAGCCGAUUCAACUUUGAUUUCGGAGCUUUCCAUGCGGCUAAGAAGGAAGUUCAUGGCCAGACUAUGACGCGGACUGCCAGUCUUUUGGCCGCCCUUGAGCCGGCAAAGAGAGGCAAGCAAGGCGAGGCGAAGCGACUUACCAAAGCUCUUGGAUGGGGUCGCAAAGACGAGUCGUUUGAGGAAAAAGGACUCGAGCAACGAGCGCGGGUCAGACUUGGAGAGAUUUGUGUCUUCAACCCAGACCAAACAUCAUUGAUUACUCGGCUGCUCACAAUGUAUCGACUUCGCACUCACUUGCCCUGGUUCAGCGCCAGCGCGGGCGACUUGAGCACUCUGGCAAUGCUGUCGUGCCCUGCCGCCAAGAAGCACGCGGCUAAGAUCUGGGAAGCUGCGAAACGCGAUGGGGGUAUCGCUUGUGCUUACGAGCGACUGGUGCUGGGGUCUGUUAAUGUCAACGAGGCCGUGUCGAGGCUGAAAGCCGCCGGUACCAAGGCUGAAUGGGACAGAUACACUCCAAUUGGCGUUGUCGCGUAUACCCUUGUCUUGGAACGCAUGAAGGCGCACCUAGAAGCCAUGUUCGUCGAGUCUGUCGUCCCUGCUAGCAUUGAAACUGCCAGUGUGAGUGACAAAGAGGACGAUCUCCGUAGGAUCACGGUUGAUGCUGCUCGUUCUUUGGGAGGAAAGAUGUCGGAGCUUGGAGACAUCUUUGAGAAAGUGUGGCUGGGCGGUGGUGCUGGACUAGAAAGAGUUUGGAUCGAUGAGGAGGAGGAGGAGGAAGAAGAUGAGGAAGAGAAAGAUGGUGUAGAACGUGACAUCAAGUCGCUGAUCCGUGGGAUUGUGCUCUAUAGGAAGCUCUUCCCCUCGGCUGUGAUGGGAUGUGGGGGUGAGGGCGUGUCUAUCCUGUUAAGCCCGCCACCGAGUCCGUCGUUGACCGACCAUGAAGGCGCUGGGUACAAGUUGAGGACGAUCAUGGGGCGGAAGGUGUUUGAUAAUGAGGAAGUUGAAGAGGCGAGGGAUAGGGUUGUCGAUAUGCUUGUCGCGUCGGAACGGCGUGGUCGGCCAUGGGGACAGGUUUAAUACUUCGGUUGGGAUGUGGACCAAGAGUAUUUGUAUAUCUAUAUUUUAAUACUUAUAUCCUUCUCAGCUACUGUUGUACGGGACUCAUGCUUGGAUAUUUAAAUACAAACGAUUUAUCAUGAGGCCGUUCGGUCACCAGAAC